AUGUCCAUUAACGCGAACGGCCUCUUUCCGAACAGUGACAAGAAGAAACGCCGCAAGGACCUGGAGAUGGUGCACAAAAAACAAUUGAUAUCUAUAUACAAUAUCGAGGACAAUAUGGUCGAUUUUCCUGUGAACUCGGGCGAUUGUUUCGCGCACGGCAACACCGCGCGGCGGGCUAAGGCUUCGUCGUACAAAGUUGCCCCCACUACUAGCGAAGUGGAGGAGCGUUGCGAGUUGCUAAAGUCUACUUACGAAGUUAUCUCGAAGUAUACUCGAGCGAUGUUCGACAAACAGAAUGAGACGGUCGUUUGA